GCGGUGUCGGUAGUGGAUUGAGCGGGCCUGAGCCGGGCUCCCAGAGGGCCCCGCGACGGCGACUCGCAGGCGCUGUCAUGGCGGGUUUGCUGAAGAAGACGACCGGCCUGGUGGGCUUGGCGGUCUGCGAGAGUCCGCACGAGAGACUAAGAAUUCUAUACACAAAGAUUAUUGAUGUUCUUGAGCAGAUGCCUGCAAAUGCGGCCUACAGGAAGUAUACCGAACAGAUAACAAAUGAGAAGCUGGGUAUGGUUAAAGCAGAACCAGAUGUUAAAAAAUUAGAAGAUAAGCUUCAAGGUGGCCAAAUAGAAGAGGUGAUUCUGCAGGCUGAAAAUGAACUAAGUCUGGCAAGAAAAAUGAUGCAAUGGAAGCCAUGGGAGCCUUUAGUAGAAGAACCUCCUGCCAACCAGUGGAAAUGGCCAAUAUAAUCAUCACUAAAUGUUUUGUGUAUUGAUGGAAAACUGGUGUAAUUAAAUGCUCUGUUAUAAUUUAAAAAAAAAAAGAA